CGCGGGAAACGAAGAUAGUGUUGCUGAAAAGUGGGAAGAAAACGCCUCCUAAAACCACCGAUCCGUCGCUAGAACUGUUGUAUUAAUUAUGGCUACUGAGGAAGACGGUUCGGGGGAUGCCAAGACAGUGGACAAGAUUUUCAAAGAUGUGAAAUUUUAUGUAAUUGGGACAGUAAAUGAUUCGAUUGAGAAGCUACUUAUGGAUGGUGGAGCUAGUCAGGAAUCUUAUCUUACUGAUCGAGUAUCUCAUGUGAUUGCCGAUGAUGAUGAACAUCCUGAGAUCAGUGAGGCUAGAGAUCUGUUUGAUCUUCCUGUUGUUUCAGCAUUGUGGGUUGAGAUGUCAAUACAUUGCAGAGUUCUUCUACCAACAAAGGCUUUUUUGCCGGAAAAGAAUCAACUUUUCACCAAUGUUGUUGCAUGCUUCUCACAGAUGUGUGAGAGUGACCGAGUUGCAUUAUGGGCCAUGGUUACGUUCUUUGGUGGAUCCUGCCAGCUAAAUCUCACCAAACAAUGCACCCAUUUAGUCAUUCCCAACACAGAGGGGGCCAAGUAUGACUGUGCUCUCCAACAUCAAGAUAUUAUUCAGAUCAUCACUCCAGAUUGGAUUGUUGAAUCCAUCAAUGCUAAGAAACUGCUGCACACUCAAAUAUACCAUCCAAAUCUACUCUUAAGCAAAGCAACUGAAACAGACUCAGAGGUUGCCAUGGAAGCUGACUCCACAACGCUGGAAGGCGAUGAUAGUCAAUCCAUUAUUACAUCACAAGAAGAAGAUAUUAAAUCCCAUGAUGCACCUGGAAUAUUACUGACACACGGUACUCCGCAGAAGCAAGCAAUGAAAGCCGUUUUCAAGAUGAAAGCACCAUGGCAACAAGAACUACCACCAAUGCCACCAACCAUGAAUGUUCCAUCAGUCUCACAUCAUGUUCAUAAACAUAAGAAAGACAAAAAGAAAAAGAAGAAAAAGAACAAAGAUAAAGAUAAAAGUCACAAAGAUAAGAAGAAAGACAAGCGCAGCCAUGACCGGCGUGUUGGCACGGCUAGUCCUAGUAGUAGUAGUACCAUUACAGAAAACAGUAGCCCUCUCAGUACGUCAUUACCAAGGACAUUACGUAAUAUUACUAAUGGUGUAGAUGCAUACAUGCCUGGUGCUUCUCCAACUGGUGACCGUAGACAAAUGUCCCAAGUACUGAGUGCUAUUGCUGGAAUGGCAUCCCAACAACAAACACGUCAUGAGAUUAUGAAUGCAGGAAUGCAGCAAGCUGAACAUAAGACAUACUACGGUCAUGAUCCAACAUAUACAUUGGCUAGUGAGAACUGUUUACUGGGUUGUAUAUUCCUUAUUAUUGAAUACCCGCAGCUAUUGGGACCUCCAUACAUUGCAACAUGGAGGAAGGUCAUUAGUGAACAUGGAGGCAUUGUGGAUGACUGCUAUUCUGAUCGCAUCACUCAUGUACUGUGUGAUACACAACGUAGUGAGGUCUUUAGUCUGGCAAUAAAAGAUGGCAAACGAUGUGUGACAGCAAACUGGUUGAAUGACUGCUUAAAGUUGAAGAAGAUGCAACCUCCAUGGAGAGCCCUUCAUUUCCCAGUCAUUAGUUACCCAUUGCAUCCCUCAGCCUGCAAGGAACAGGUUAUUUCCAUGUCUGGGUUUGAAGGCAGUGAGCGAAACGAUGUCAAGACAUUAAUGGAACUCCUAGGAGCUAAGUAUACAGGCUACUUCACCAGAGCAAAUACACUCCUCAUAUGUAAUAGGAUGGAAGGCGCUAAGUAUGAGAAAGCUCAAGAAUGGCGUAUACCUAUUGUUAAUGUCCAAUGUUUAAGUGACUUGGUCCUUGGUAACUAUGAAACCAUUCGUAACUUCAACUCACAGAGGUAUCAGAUGUAUGAUCAAAUAGAUCCAUUCAAGAUUGAUCGCUACGGCCAAACUAACCUCAUGGAACCCUGGACAGUGCCAUUGAAGAUCUCACAUGCAGCCAAGAAGUUGUGCAAGGCAAUGCUUGGCAAGAAGUUUCUGUCUAACCUUGGUCAGAAGGCAGGGCAGAUCAUGAAGCGUAAAUGUGAGCAAGGAGUUCCAAUCGCCAAGAAGCAAAGGAAAGGCAGUAUGAGUGCUGAUGACUGGGAAGGAUCACCACGUAUUCUGGAUCCAGAUAAGAUCCCAUAUGUCAUGUUUACAGGCAUUGAUAACCGGCUCAUUCCUGAAUUAGUCAAGAAACUUGAGAAGCUUGGUGGACAUGUAACAGACUGUAUUGGAGCGUGUACUCAUCUGGUCUCUAGUAAAGUGACUCGUACUGUCAAGUUCCUGAGUGGUGUAUCUGUCUGUAGAUUCAUUGUGACUCCAAUGUGGAUUGAGGAGAGCUAUAAAAGUAGAUGGUUUCUGGAUGAGGCUAACUUUACAUUGAGUGAUCCAGACGCAGAGAAGAUAUUCCUAUUCAAGUUGAAGGAAUCUAUGGCACGAGCAAGUCAACGUAAACUACUCAAGGAUGUGACGUUGUACUUGACUCCUGGUGUGCAGCCGGGUCCUACACUAAUAAGAGAUAUAAUAGAGACAGCAGGUGGACGUCUUCUUACAUCCAGACCAUCUCUUACUAAGAUCAGUGCUAUGCAGAGCACGAUGGGGGCAUCUGCAUUCGUUGUCAUCAGCUGUGAAAAUGAUUUACCUUGGUGCAGAGAUUUCUUCCGUCAUAAAAUUGAUGUUCAUAAUGCAGAGUUUAUAUUGACUGGUGUACUCAGACAGCAGCUUGACUUCACUUCAUAUAAGUUUUCACCUCAAUGAAGCGACCAGCUGAAGAUUGCUUUAUUGCGGUGAUGGAAUCCCAUCCAGGCAUUCAACUCUGUAUCCACUCCUCAGUCUAACCAACAAGUCAUUGACUAUAUUGUGAGGAGGGAGUGCUAGUUACUUCUGAUAUUCAAGUAUCGUCACAUCCAGCGCCACGAUCUGUGUCACAUUACAACCAGCAUCCCAUUACCCAAAGUGUCAUCUUACUUCCAGUGUAACAUUGCAACCAGUGUAACAUUGCAUCGAGUGUCACAUUGCAUCGAGUGUCACACUGAUCCAGUGUCACAUUACAACCAGCAUCCCAUUACACAAAGUGUCAUCUUUACUUCCAGUGAAACAUUGCAACCAGUGCCACACUGUAUUAAGUGUCACAUUGCAUCGAGUGUCACAUUGCAUCGAGUGUCACACUGAUCCAGUGUCACAUUACACCCAGCAUCCCAUUACACAGUGUCAUCUUUACUUCCAGUGAAACAUUGCAACCAGUGCCACACUGUAUUAAGUGUCACAUUGCAUCGAGUGUCACAUUGCAUACAGUGUCACAAUCCAUCCAUUGUCACUCUGCACAGAGUGUAACAUUGCAACAAGUGUCACACUGCUUCCAGUGUUACUCUGCAUCCAUUGUCACAUUGCAUCGAGUGUCACAUUGCAUACAGUGUCACAAUCCAUCCAUUGUCACUCUGCACAGAGUGUAACAUUGCAACAAGUGUCACACUGUUUCCAGUGUUACUCUGCAUCCAUUGUCACACUGCAUUAAGUGUCACCCUGCAUCCAGUGUCACACUGCAUCUACUGUCACACUGCAUCACGUGUAACUAUGCAUGAAGUUAAACAUUGCAUACAGUGUCUCAUCGCAUACAGUGUCACACUGCUUAACUUUCUGCUAAGCAGAAAUGAGCAGGAUACCAGUCACAAAUUGUUCAUGUACAGGGCAAUUAAGGCACUGUGUUGAUAGCUCACUGUCAGCAUAACCAGGAUAAAUGGGGUUUUCUGGGUUGUACAUGUACAUCAAACAUGUACAUGGAUGGUUGCAUGGCACAAAGAUGUACUAAAUGCUGCUUAGGCUAAAUGUGUUGUGUUGUGUUGUACUUGCUAAGUGCUCGUUAGGUGUGGAAUGAGAUGCAUGCUGGUCUAGCUAACGAUCAAGCUCGCACCUCGUUUCACAGUUGGCUCUUGCGCAAAAGGUCUAUGCACUUCCAGAAAGACUGCUAGGGUCCAAAAUGUCAAGCCAUUAGCUUUUUUUUUUUAUACCACAGUGGCUUGUACUGAAAUUCCCCGAGUGGCCACAAACAACUACAA